AUGGAAGAUACGAAUGCACCUCGCGUGGAGCUCGAUGAGGCCGCUGUGAGGCCUCCGCGGUACGGUGUCCCAACUCCUGAUAGUGGUAUGAUCUUCGCGAAAGGACCUGCUUCCUUCAGUCUUCCUUCAACUCGCGGAGAGUCAAGAGGAUCAGCUUCCAACGAUAUGGACUCCAAAUCGUCGUUUCUCAUUGCUGCCGUGGCGGAGAACCGUGCACGGGAGAUAGGGAUAUGUGCAAUCGACUUGAUGUCGCCACACGAGCUACUACUGUGGACGGUCAUCGACUCGCACUCUUACGUCGAUACCAUGUCGUUGCUUCAAGCCUAUCAGCCUGUGGAAAUUCUCGUGGUUGAAACAUCCAAGUCUCGCAAAAUCAACGACGAGAUCUCCAAGCGCUUUGCUGGAUCAAACUGCCGAAUCGUACCGCUUGCGCGGAAGUAUUUUGAUCAGACAAAAGGAGCAGAAGAUAUCAAACGCGUGAUGGCAAACAACGUCGAUAUCAAUAUUGGAAGGAAUUACGUUGCCAUGGCGUCGGUGGCGUGUGUGAUGAAAUACAUAGAGUACAUACAGGGCAUUUACAUCGCGGAGAAGACUCUAAAGGUUGUGCUUAGUCCGUCAACACGCAAACUGCUCAUGGACCAAGCAACAAUUUCCGCUUUGGAGCUAGUCCAGGGUACUCGAGGAAGAAGCGACAGCCAGUCUCUCUGCAAGAUGCUGAACAACACGCAAACCAUGGCAGGGAAUCGACUGUUAAGAUCUACGAUGCUGCAGCCAACAUGCCAUCUGAAAACGAUUCAGGCGCGCCACGAAGUUGUUGGAAUUUUCCUUGAUAACCCCGCGUGGUUUUUCGAUGUUAUGGAAGCGUUACGUGACUUCGUUGACUUAGAUCGGCUACUGGGCCAACUUGUUUUUGUUCCCAAAGUGAUCACCCCUCGGGUAUCCCGAAUCGCUGUAGGCAGUGUCAUUGCUCUUAAACACACGCUGGAAUGCCUACCGAAACUAGUUUCGUGUCUGGAAACAACCUCAGUGAAGCUGGAUUGCCCCUGCCCUCUUCUCGACUCAAUUAUACAAAGCCUGUCAAGUUUGCGCGACGAGCAAUUUACAGAGAUCAAGGUAGAUAUUGAGCGAGUUGUAAACGACAGGGUCAAAGUUUGCCGCUCAGCUGCACAGAAGCGCAUACAAGAGUGUUUUGCUGUCCGAGCAGGCGUUGAUGGCAUGCUUGAUGUGGCACGGCGAACCUAUCUUGAUACGAUCGAGAAAAUCCACGAGGUCAUUCAUACAUACAAAGAGAAUCUUGGGAUUCCCAUUCGGCUCACUUAUACAUCUCGAAGAGGAUACCAUUUGGCUGUUCCGAUCAAUACGAAAGACUUGCCUGCAAGUUUUAUCGAGAGAGUGCCAAUGAAAACCGUGAUCUGCUGCUCCACCAAGCCACUGGCCUCUCUCAAUGUGCGGCUCAAUGAAGCGCUUACCGCAGUCUACAAGCUAUCGAACGAUGUCAUUCAACAGCUCCUCGACAAGAUUCGCCCUCGAUCCUCUACUAUGCACGCGAUGGUUGAAAGUAUCGCGCUGCUUGAUAUGCUUUUGAGUUUUGUGAAUGUCGUAGCCCUGUCGCCGCCAGACCAUCCAUACACAAGGCCAACUAUCACUGAACAUGGCAACUUGAUCAUUAAAAAGGGCCGGCAUCCGCUAGUUGAGCGUGUGCUAAAAGAUAGGGCUUAUAUCCCUAGUGACACGUUUUUUGAUCCGCUGAGCACCUUUCACAUUAUCACUGGCCCCAAUUGCGCAGGAAAGUCGACGUAUUUACGAGCAACAGCUCUGAUCACAAUACUGGCCCAGAUGGGGUGCUAUGUUCCAGCUUCUGAUGCUGUUAUUCCGAUUCGAGAUCGAAUCUGUACACGAUUUGGAACUUCGGACGAUAUGGAAGAAAAUGCAAGCUCGUUUGCUGUCGAAAUGACAGAGACGGCUUUCAUCCUGGAAUCAUGUACGGCGAGGUCAUUGGUACUCAUUGAUGAGCUAGGCCGAGGCACAGCCAACGACGAAGGUGCUGCGAUCGCGUGGAGUAUCGGCGAGGAGAUGAUUCAUCGACGAUCCUACACGUGCUUUGCAACCCAUUAUCAUCAGCUUAAUCGCCUCGCCCGUCUUUAUCCUCGCUGUCGGUGUUACCACGUGGGCACUGAAUCGCAUACCAAUUCUGUGCAUUUUCGCUAUGUAUUGAAAGAUGGGCCGUUUCCAUUGAUUGGCAUGUACGGCAUCAAGACAGCAGCAUUGAGCGGUUUGCCAACAGAAGUGAUCCGUGAAGCAGAGGACAUCUAUGAGAAGCUGUGUAGUAAACGCGAGGCUGCGGAAAAGUCAGCUGAUCAAGGCCCAACGACCAAUGAUACCAGCAUGAUCAAUAGAAAUCUCCUCCACCAUUUAUACGCGCUUCGGUACGCAGACCUAGACUAUGCAGGUCUUCGGCGCCAACUACAACAUCUUAGAAAACGAUUUUUAGCCCCAGUAGAGUAA